GGGGGAGCGGAGGGAGGUGUUUCUGUCAGUUCCGGCUGUUUGUUCGGGAAGUGGAUCCGCCGCUGCCGGAGCAGCCCGGAGGGAGCUGCGGAUCGCGAGGCCAGCGCCAACCCCGUCCGUCUGCCCGCGCCUCCCCCGCCCGCCAUGGCCCGGGACUACGACCACCUCUUCAAGCUGCUCAUCAUCGGCGACAGCGGUGUGGGCAAGAGCAGUUUACUGUUGCGUUUUGCAGACAACACUUUCUCAGGCAGCUACAUCACCACGAUCGGCGUGGAUUUCAAGAUUCGGACCGUGGAGAUCAAUGGGGAGAAAGUGAAGCUGCAGAUCUGGGACACGGCUGGGCAGGAGCGGUUCCGCACCAUCACCUCCACGUAUUAUCGGGGAACCCACGGGGUCAUCGUGGUUUAUGACGUCACCAGUGCCGAGUCCUUUGUCAAUGUCAAACGGUGGCUUCAUGAAAUUAACCAGAACUGUGAUGACGUAUGCCGAAUAUUAGUGGGGAACAAGAAUGAUGACCCUGAGCGGAAGGUGGUGGAGACAGAAGAUGCCUACAAAUUCGCCGGGCAGAUGGGGAUCCAGUUGUUCGAGACCAGUGCCAAGGAGAAUGUCAACGUGGAAGAGAUGUUCAACUGCAUCACAGAGCUGGUCCUCCGAGCAAAGAAAGACAACUUAGCGAAACAGCAGCAGCAACAACAGAACGACGUGGUAAAGCUCACGAGGAAUAGUAAACGAAAGAAACGCUGCUGCUAAUGCCUCACCCAGCCCACUGCAGAGACUGCACUGCGGCCACUCCCUGGCCCGAGGCCCGCGGGGCUCCUCGGGGGACAGUCUCAGUUUCGUGCCGUUAUUUAAAGAAUUCUCUCCACGUUUUUGUAUCUGGAGGCGCCAUAUGCACUUCCUUCCCUUCCUCUCAAGUACCAAGAAGGUGUUGGACAACCUGCCCUUCCCUUCUGGUGCCCCUGCCCCCACCCCGGCCAAGGCGCCUGGGCCCAGCGAGGACGCUGCCAGUGAGCGGACUGAUUAACCAUUUUGUACAUAAUGUAUAUUGCUUUAACCAGCCGUUUCACCCUCGUCCUGUUCUGGCUUUGCCUCCCUAAUGCCAGCCUGCUGCAACAGACCCUCUCUCCCCGUCCCACCUUAUCGCCAGCAGCUUCCUGAGGACACAGGAUUACGUUCUACCCGCAUCUUUUGCCAACCUGGGCUGGCGGAGUGGGCUCCACGUCACCCGUUCUCUCCUGCAGGCCGUCGUCGACUUCUGUCUCUGGCACGGAGGGUCUCGCCCAUCUCCAGGGUCUAGACUGUGUUUCCAGCCCAGCUCCCUGCCCUUCCCAUUCUCUACCCCUAACCAUUCUGGCAGCUGGGGAGGCCUGGCCUUGAGGCAGGCUUGGGUUCCCUGUAGAGGUCCUGUCCUCAGCUGGUCCAGCCGUUAGGUUCCGCAGGAGUCACUCCUGCCCUUUGGCCAACAGAUUUCUUGUCCUGCCUUCUAGAUGCCUCUAAGCUACAAACCCAGGGAAGCUGUGGCUUCUAUUUAUACCAUCCUGUUUCAGUUCCAACAGAAAGACUGUGUUCAUGCAGGGAUGGGGCUUAGGAGCAUUAUUUUAACGGCUAAAGAAAAUGAAGCCAAAUCAAAUGAAUUAAGUUCCUCACACUGCUUUUCUCUUCCUGAGGUUUGAUUGGCACAGCAGCAAAAGCUGUGGCCUCCCUUUUGGGUCCAGUGUUUUUAGAAAAAGUGAAUGGUUUCCUGUCAUUGUGGGGCCGGGCUCUUGGCAGAGCAGCUCUGCCUUCCGGGACGUUUCUUGGUGGGAAAGGAGAAGGAGCCUCUCACCCUUGUCUGUGUCGGCCCAGGGCCUCCACUUAGUCCUGAGUCUUCGAUGUGGGGAGUGGGCGCCGCCAGGGGUCGGUGGUGGGGGGGUGUGCCGCCUCUGAGCGGACGGUGGGCAGCUUCAGAUCGCUGGCUGUCGUUUCAGUCUGGAGGCAGCAUGAGGGUUCCUCAGCAGGUGGCAAGGGAUGGCGGGAGGGGCCGGAGGCCAGCCGCUUUGACCUGCCCUGGUCCCUCGGAGGAAAAACCAGGGUUACCUGCAAUUGAUUACUGUCCCCUUCCCUCCUCUUUGGGACACUUCAUUCACCUUUCCCCUAAAAGGAUCAUGUAACCUGGGAACAAUUUAUUUCAACACCAUACUGUUUUACUAGAUUUCCUUUCCUAGGCAAUUUCCAGGCGAAGCCCUGACUGGACAAUCACAUCACAGAUCAUACUGCAGAUUUGCCUCGUGAACGCUGUUGAGGGGUUUUUAAUCAAAACUGGGGGUUUCCUUUUGUCCUGUUUCUCCACUUCCCCAAACUGCCAAAACAGGGGGGUUCCAUGUGACAGGCCUUCACUCUGGAGCCGCAGGAUGAGGUGGGGGGAGUUCUGUGGGCCCGGGAAGGUGGUGCUAUGGAGGGAAGGUGGCUGCAGGGCCAACCGGCAGGCAGCCUCGUCCGGUUGCGGGGCCAGGAGCAAAAGCAUGGUCUCCAUCCUCAGGCUGCCCUGGCUAAUCAUCGGUCCUGGGGUGGGCAGCACACUCCGCUCUGAGCAUUAAGGUUACGCCAGUGAGGCAGUGCUUGCAAACUCAAGCAAUAAGAGGAGGAGGUCCUGGGAGUUUCCAGUCCAGGCUAGAAACCCUCUGGGCUUCUGGCAACUGGAUGUCCAGACCCAGGAGUGGGGCGAUUUUGGUGACGACAGUGUGCCUGUCCCGCUGAGUGUUAGUACGCAUGAAUGGGGGGGUGGGGGAGGGGGGCUCACAGGGCUGGACCGAUGUCCUGGUGGACCUGAUGCGAAAUCCUGUCGAACAACAAAACUUUUAAUGGUUUGCUAGGAUUAUUUCUGUAUUGAAAGUUUCUAAUUAUGCUUUUUUAAAAAAGUACUAAAAAUAAAGGUUCAAG